CCGUUCAAACACAUGCAGUGGGAACCCAGUGAAGAACACUGUUGUGUUUAUCAACGCUGUACAGUGUCCUCACACAGCACUUUCUAUAGAAACUUUACUUCAGCCACAAUAUGAAUUCACUGCAAACCCGGGGUGCAUGUUGGUCUUUUCUAAAGGAGGAUGAAGCCUGUGUGAUGGAGGCAGCCGUUCGGACUGCGGUCAUGUCAAUAAUGAAGGUUUUUAGCGAGCUGAAUGAUAAAAGAUGUGAGUUUUAUCAGCUGAAAUUAGCCGAGUCUGAAAGACAAAACGCAGCGCUUCAGUUUCAGUUAAAUGAAGCCAGGCAGGAGCUGCACAGUUCACGACAAACUGUUUCCAACAUCCCUAAUGAUCCGAUUUCAUCCGAGGCGACUUUUACCUUCUCAUUCAGCCCUGAUUUCAGCUGCUCUCAUGUUGCUGGUGGACAAAGAGAAGAAGCAGCCAGGUCGUCGGAAAGUGUGUGUGAGGGGAUAGCGGUGGGUCCGGAGUUAAAGGAAGAGCCUCUUUACGAAAGCACGUUGUGCGUAAAGACUGAAGUGGUGGAUGAGAACUGUACAGUGCACUGUGAUCCACCUCCUACUGAACAUGUGGAUCACAUCCACCUCCACACUGUCGACAUCCAGAGACGUGAAGCACUUAACAGCUUCAGCCAGGCACUUCAACAAGAUUCAACCUUAAGCACUACAGAGAAAAGGAGACUGUCGACCAAUGAGAGGGUGAAACAAUACAGAGAAAAGAUCCGUGCUGACCCAGAGAAGUACCUGGCCUGGAAGGAGAAGGACCGUUUGAGAACCUUCUACCAUCCAGGUAUCUGCACAGGAAAAAGAGCAUCCAGGAUCUCUCUGAACCUAUGAAGAAGCUGAGGAGGAAAGCUUGGCGAGAGGCUGCAAGACGGCAUCGUGCCAGGAAGCAGACACAAACAGCUCUUACUGACCAACAUAUAGUGCACAUCCCCCACAGCCAACUAGCCAGUACAUUAUUUACCCCUGCCACAGGCUGUACUUUUUAAAUGCUCUUUAUUGUAUUACUUGCUAAGAUAAUUCUGUUGAGAUCUGCUGACUGUGAACGCCAUAAGAUAUGACUUACAUUAUUUUUAUGCUCAUUAGCACUUUAUUCCUUUAUCCUAUAGGUGCCAUCUAUAACUGUAUAUAAAGGACUAGUGUGACUGGACUGCAUCUGUCCAAAAUCAUAUUUUAUCCUAUAUGUUUUGAUAACAUAUAAUUGUUUUAUGUAAUUUUAUGGAUUUAUGGAUGCAGUCAAACUAGCCAUGUUUAUAUAGGCACUGAGAAUAUAAUAGAGAAAUAUAAUAAAUAAUAAUCUGCAACAAGAAAUUAGGAGGCCAGUUGUAUAACAGCGUUGAAUUUUCUAUACCACAAAAUCAGUUUUUCUAAUUUGUGUGUGUGCAUUAUUUACCCAGCCUAAUUUUAGAAAACUUCAAUAAAUUUAAUGA